AUGACCGUCCGUUCAUUACCCCUGAACGGGGCCAACCAAGCGCCAAUGAAAGAAGACACUCUUAGGCGCAGGAAUAUCAAUGGCUCGCAACCCAAGACAAUUGGAAACGGCCAUACAAGUCCACCAAAUUCAACCCCGAAGCCCAAAAAACGGUGCUCUCUUCUCCGUCGCUGCAGGGAUUUCGCGAGUAAGCACACGUGGACGCUUCCACUAGCUCUCGUGCUGGCCUUCCUCUCACUAUACGCGCUCAAUCCGACCGAGUCAAACCCAAUCUCUCAUUUCAUAUUCCUGUCUUACAAAGAGGAAUCCCUGAAUGGCGACCCAAAUGCCCCAACGCAGUAUGGCAAGGGUCUGUGGGACAUAGCGUUCGUGUCAUUCUAUGUGAUCGUGCUAUCCUUCACGCGCGAAUUCAUCAUGCAAGAAAUUAUCCGCCCCCUAGCAGCCUCGCGCAUCAAGUCGCGGGGAAAGCAGGCCCGCUUCAUGGAGCAGAUGUACACCGCGAUGUACCAUGGAGUCCUCGGUCCCGCGGGGUUGUAUGUCAUGCGCAAGACGCCGGUUUGGUACUUCAACACGCGUGGCAUGUACGAACUCUUCCCGCAUAGGACCCAUGCGGCUGAGUUCAAGUUCUACUACUUGUUCGAGGCGGCUUAUUGGGCGCAGCAGGCUAUUGUCAUGCUUCUGGGGAUGGAGAAGCGGCGGAAGGACUAUCUGGAGCUUGUUGCGCAUCAUAUUGUGACAUUGGUGCUUAUUGCGCUCAGCUAUCGCUUUCACUUUACGUAUAUUGGCAUUGCUGUUUAUAUCACGCAUGAUAUUAGUGAUUUCUUCCUCGCUGUUUCAAAAUCUCUCCACUACAUAGCCCCGGACAUAAUGAUGCCCUUCUAUGCAACCUCGAUCGGCGCCUGGAUAUAUCUCCGCCAUGUACUAAAUCUUCGGAUCCUUUAUUCCCUUCUAACCGAGUUCCGAACCGUCGGGCCCUACGAGCUGAACUGGGAGACUCAACAGUACAAGUGCUGGAUCUCAAACGUCAUCGCCUUCGGACUGCUAGCUGCCCUCCAGACUCUCAAUUUGUUCUGGUUGUACUGUCUGCUGCGCAGCGCUUUCAAGUUCCUCGUGACGGGAGAGAAGAAGGACGAUCGCUCUGAGCCAGAUGAGUCUGAAAUUGAGCAAGAUGAAUCCAAGGUUGUUGGGGGGAUUAAUGGCCAUACUUCGUUGAAUGGCAGUGCAUUACCUAGUGGCAAGUCUCAGCAUGCCACCAAUGGUGUUGGUCUCUCUGUUCAGCCGAAUGGUUCUCACUAA